AUGGCAACCCUGGCAGAAUAUGUCGAGGUGCCUAAGAAACAUGUCGUCUCUGAAGCUACACGAGAACGAGAGACAUUUAGAUAUGACGACUCGCUUUUCACAAACGUUCGCUACAAUGACUCUGGAUCACCAGUUCCUCAAUCUCAGCUCGUCACAUGCUCAGAUGUCAUCCUCACGGCUCUCGCCCGGCUAGCCGCUUCACAAACGGGCGCAGCUAAGGCCAUGAUCUCGUUGUUUGACCAGACUCACCAGUACAUCAUCGCUGAAGCCUCUGCCACCACUCCCCUAAUUCCCAGUCUAGGAUAUGAUUCGCACCACGAGACCCUCUGGCACUGUGGAACAGCAAUUCCUCGUGCCCACAGCGCCUGUGAAAACACUUUAUGCUCCGAUGACCCUCCCGAGGCUGGACCUGAUGGAUUCAAAGCUGGCCAUCAGCUACCUGUCAUUGUUGUUGACGAUGUCACGACUCAUCCAGAGUACUCAGCAAAACCGUACUGUCGACCUGGAGGCGCGGCGAGAUUUUACGCCGCUGUGCCGAUCCGGACUGAUCGGGGUGUCAAUAUCGGUGUUAUCUGCGUUAUUGAUACGAAGCCGUCUUUACCUUGGGACUCCCGAAUGUCGAGAAUGAUGAGAGAGCUUUCCAAGGCUGUGACUGAGCAUCUUGAGACCAUCAGUCUCAAAAGUAACCAACGAAGGAGCGAGAAAAAAGCCACGGGCUUGACCGCAUUUGUCGAGGGGGACGCACAAUCUGUCCCCUCAGCGGAGCGACCGCAGGAGAACGAGAAGCGACUCAAUGGUGAUCCCAAACCUCAACGACCCAAGAUUGAGGACAUACAGAGCGCCCUAGGAGAAAUGGAUAUCAAGUUAUCCACGACAACUUCCAGGGACCCUCGGGAAUUAACCAGUGGGCGAGCGAAGGACACGGGUGCUGUGCAACCUGCUCCUGAUGGAUUUACUGUCUAUCACGAUCCAAACCGAGUUCUUGAAACGCCAAGGGAAAUAUUCUCCAAAGCCGCUCAUAUGCUCGAGUUCUCAACCACUGGUGUUUCCAAUGAAUGGAUGGAUGAGGAUCUACCGCCCCGGCGGCCGUCGACUUUCAGUUACCACGAUAGCGAAGAUACUUAUACGACUGGGUCAUCCGAAGACCGCUCGCGCCCCUCAUGCCAGGUACUUGGAUCAUCAGAGAAAACUGCGUUAAAAGGCCAGCGCGUCUCUAUUUCUCUUCCACAGACCCUUCUUGCCCGGAUGAUCCGACGAUAUCCCAAGGGCCAUAUAUUCAACCUCGAUGCGAACGGAGAUCUACAGCCUGACGAACUAUCUGACAAAUCCAACUACCGCGCUCUGCAUAACGGACAAGAUACAUCCCACACCUCUGGCGAUGCCCACAGCAAACAGGAAAACCGACUCCGGAUCCAGCGACGAGAAGCAAAUAUUCUCCGCGAAGCGUUCCCGGGAUCUCGCAGCAUAGCCUUUGUUCCUAUCUGGGAUCUGCGUAAGAAGCGAUGGUCCGCUGGCGGAUUUAUAUACUCUUUCAACAUCAAACGCAGCUUCACUAUUGAUCUCGACCUCAGUUAUCUCAGAGCCCUUGGUAUGCUUGCCGCGGCUGAAGCCUUCAGGCUCGAGACUUUGGUUGCAGACAAGGCCAAGACCGACGCUCUGGGUUCGCUGUCUCAUGAGCUGAGAUCGCCACUUCAUGGUGCCGUUCUUAGCGUGGAGUUGCUUAACGAUACUGAUCUUAGCAUUCCACAGCAGAAUAUCGUCCGCACGAUUGAGACGUGCUGUCGAACGCUUUCCGACACCAUUGAUCAUCUUCUCGAAUAUUCAAAGGUCAACAAGCCGCCACCCCAGGAACGCAGCCUAGGGAACCAGGCCGACAAGUAUGGUCUCAGCAGAGCUCCGACUACUGGCCGCAAUCCCAAUUCAUCAAGAAAGGUUGUUCAGCUCGACGUACUGGCUGAAGAAGUUUUGGAAAGCGUUUAUGCUGGUUUCAACUUUCAGCACGUUUCUCUUGCCCAAGCAGCUCAGUCGACAAGUCCACCGCUCCGACGCCCCGGCCACACAUCAAUACGUCGAAUGGAUACCGUGCAAGCCAUAGAAGAGCUCCGGACACCAGUUAAGGACCGAGGCUGUGUUGAAACAAAAAUCGGAGAUGUAGAGAUCUUUUUGGUGAUUGAUUCUCGGCCAUCAUGGGGAUUUUACACACAGCCUGGACCAGUGCGCCGUAUCAUCAUGAACCUGUUUGGAAACUCGCUUAAAUACACAACCAAGGGGCUGAUCCGAGUUUCUCUGGAACAGACAGGUGCUUUGGGGGCUGACGAUAACGAUUGCUGGGUGACAAUUACUGUCUCUGAUACGGGAGUAGGCAUCAGCGACGACUUUUUACAAAACGGACUAUUCAAGCCUUUCUCACAAGAGAAUCACUUAUCUCCCGGCACAGGCCUUGGAUUGAGCUUUGUCAAGCAGAUCACAGCACAAUUUGGUGGUCAGAUAUCGGUCAAAAGUCGAGUCGGCACGGGAACAACUGUGACAGUCAGACUACCUAUGAAACUAGGCGAUGACUGCCAUAAAGGAGUUUGCGAAGCUCGACAAAGAGAAGAAGAGUUUGAGGCGCAGACGGAUAAGCUACGUGGACUUCGCGUCAAGGUGAUCGACUUCGAAAAUAACGAAAGUGAUUCAUCGGGAACCAAGAUGGAAUCGCCUUGUCAGCUUGUGCGGAACAUGUGCAAUGAGUGGCUCGGUAUGCAGGUCAACACUGGCUUCGAAACGCCAUGUCUACUGCCAGAUCUUGCCAUAUGGUCCGAGCAAGGUUUCGAAAAGCCUUGUGAUCAACAGGAUGCGAUGCCUGAUGUUCCGAAUAUUGUGCUCUGCGCGAAUGCCCUUACCGUUCACCAAUAUGCCUGUGGAACCAAGACGAUACCGCGGCCAGGGGUAUUUGAAUUUAUUUCUCAGCCACUGGGUCCCAGAAAAUUAGCAAAGGCAUGCUCGCUGGCCCUUUACCGCUGGACGGUUGCACAAACAUCCACCGACUCUCCAACAACCGCACCUAGAGGACAAGAAUCACUAACUAUUCCUGAUACUACCGCCUCGUCAAUUCCACACCCCGCGUCCCCAUUCCCUCAAAGCGCCGAAGCAACGCCCACACAGACGACUCAAAGCUACUUCCGCAACCCCGAAUUUCUCCUCGUAGAUGAUAACUUCAUCAACCUGAAAAUCCUCUCCUCGUAUAUGAAAAAGCUUAAACAACCCUACCAGACUGCCUCUGAUGGCCUUCAAGCAGUGACAGCUUACGAAGCCGAUCCAGGACGAUAUACAUGCGUACUGAUGGAUAUUUCGAUGCCCGUGAUGGACGGCUUCGAGGCUACACGUAGAAUCCGUGCUUUCGAAACACAACAGGGACUCAGGCCGGCUUUGAUAUUAGCACUGACAGGCCUGGCUUCUGAAGAGGCGCAGAGGGAGGCUGAGGUCAGUGGAUUGGACUUGUUCCUUACAAAGCCUGUGAGAUUGAAGGAGUUGGGUCCGAUUUUGAGGGCCAAGGGGGUUUUGGAGGAGGAAUCGAACUUGGGUUAA